AUGACUCGCCAUCGUCAAUACAUCAAGCAUAUUGAUGCAGCCUUCCGACCUGCUACCAAAACGCCAUCAAACCCCAUGCACCUUAAGGCUUCGGAAAGGCCUGAACUACCUGGCCUCAAGAAGCCUACUACUACUCAAGCACCGAUCACGACAAGUGCAACAAUUCUGAAGCGAUCAAGCCAAGACCAUCCACCUGCCUUUACAACGGAAUCAGAUCCCAUCCACAUCAACUCUUUGGAAUGGCCUGAGCUACCCAAGGUAUCUGGUUCCGAGACACCUCCUACGAUCCGAGCGCCUCCCACUACCUGGGCACCUCUUACUGUCCUAGUACCUCCUAAGAUCCGAUCACCGAUUACGAUAGAUGCGAUGGAGCGGUUGGCGAUGGAGAUCCGCCAACAAGAACACGCAGGAUCGACGCAGAUUCCUGAUCGCACCGAAAUUUGGCUUGCGAAUUUGUGGGGUGACUGUCGUCGUGGAACACUGCUCUGUACCCGACAUGAGAUUGAGGAGGGAAAAAAAAUUGAGAGAGUCUUGUGCCGAGGCAGCGAGGCAUGA